AGAACCGGCAACUACAAGAUACACACACGGCGAACAGACCUUCUGCAUAGUUGCAAUAUGUCCGACAGUGGAACAAGCACAUCUGGGUCCCUUCUACCUAUGGACUUGUAUAACCAAGUAACGGCACAAGGAGACAAAAUUCGAGUGCUCAAAUCUGAAAAGUCUCCUAAGGAAGAGAUUGAUGCAGCUGUGAAGCUUUUAUUGGCUCUCAAAGUGGAUUAUAAGAAUGUGACUGGGCAGGAUUACAAACCUGGUGUUCCUCCAGCAGAUGACAUGCCCACUAACCGCAAUGGACCAUCUACCCCAAAUGACGGUGAUGAUUUUGUUGAUCCAUGGACUGUACAGACAGGAAGUGCAAAGGGUGUCGAUUAUGACAAGCUUAUUGUACGGUUUGGGAGCAGUAAGAUUGACCAAGCACUCAUUGAUCGAAUAGAAAGAGUCACUGGACAAAAAGCACAUCACUUUUUACGCAGAGGAAUAUUUUUUUCACACAGAGAUAUGCACCAGGUCCUUGAUGCUUAUGAGAAGAAGAAGCCAUUUUACCUGUACACAGGAAGGGGCCCUUCUUCUGAAGCAAUGCAUGUGGGUCACCUCAUUCCAUUUAUCUUCACAAAGUGGCUGCAGGAAGUGUUCAAUGUCCCCUUGGUUGUACAGUUAACUGAUGAUGAGAAAUAUCUGUGGAAGGAUCUCACAUUGGAAAAGGCUUACCAAUAUGCAACAGAAAAUGCCAAGGAUAUUAUCGCAUGUGGCUUUGAUGUAAAUAAAACAUUCAUCUUUUCUGAUCUUGAAUACAUGGGGAAGAGUUCAGGGUUCUACCAAAAUGUGGUAAAGGUCCAAAAACAUGUAACCUUCAAUCAAGUGAAAGGAAUAUUUGGCUUUACAGACAGUGACUGCAUUGGGAAGAUCAGCUUUCCAGCUAUACAAGCUGCUCCAUCUUUCAGCAGUUCCUUCCCAGAAAUAUUCAAGGGUAGAAAGGACAUUCAGUGCCUCAUUCCUUGUGCCAUCGACCAGGAUCCAUAUUUCCGCAUGACUAGAGAUGUUGCUCCUCGGAUUAAUUAUCCUAAACCUGCAUUAAUGCACUCGACAUUUUUCCCAGCACUUCAGGGAGCACAGACAAAGAUGAGCGCCAGUGAUCCAAACUCUUCUAUAUUCCUUACAGACACCGCAAAGCAAAUUAAAAGCAAGAUCAACAAGCAUGCUUUCUCUGGGGGAAAGGACACUAUUGAAGAACACCGGCAAUUUGGAGGCAACUGGGAAGUUGAUGUCUCUUAUAUGUACUUGACGUUCUUCCUUGAAGAUGAUGAAAGGCUUGAACAAAUAAAACAGGAUUAUUCAAGUGGUGCCCUGCUAACAGGAGAUCUUAAGAAAAUCCUGACAGAAACCCUGCAGCCAAUGAUAUCAGCGCACCAGGAAAGAAGGAAGCACAUUACAGAAGAAACGGUCAAACAGUUUAUGAUGCCAAGAAAGCUGGCGUUUGAUUUUUAGAACUGUUUUAAAAGAAAUGAUUCUGCAAUCCAACAUUGUACUGUACAAAUGCACCAAAUUCAGGAUUGGGUUCGGGAUUUGGCCAGGAUUCGGACGAAUCCUUCUGCCUGGCCAAACAGAACCCUAAUUUGCAUAUGCAAAUUAUGAUUCGGUUCGGUAUUCACCCUUUUUCAGCAGGAUUCAGAUUCGGCCAAAUCCAUCUGCCUGGCCAAACCGAAUGCUAAUUUGCAUAUGCAAAUUAGGGGUGGAGAGGAAAAUCCUGUGACUUUUUGUCACAAAACAAGGAAGUAUUUUUUCCCCUUCCCACCCCUAAUUUGCAUAUGCAAUUCAGGGAUCGGUAUUCGGCCGAAUCUGUCGCGAAAGUUUGGCCGAAACCAAAACAGUGGAUUCGGUGCAUCCCUAGUACAAAUAAUUAUCAACCAAAUAAGAUCGUAUUUGCACCUCCCGCUUAGUUUGGAAUAUGUGUCAAAUUGACAUAUUUAAGACAAGUUAUGUGGAUUUGUUGAUCUUGGUUUGACACUCCCAGGGGACUUAACGUGAAACUUCUCCAAGGUAUCCAAUGCCGCCUUCAUAAUUCGUAUUUAUAAUUUUACACCUGUGCUAUUAAACCAUUCUAACUUGUGCUAACCAACCUAAUAAAAUAAAUAUGAUUGCA